CCCCUACAAUUUCUUUAGCUUUCUCUGUCAAAGUCAGACUUCCAGGGACCAAACAAAUACUUUGUAGACCCAUCAACUUGGAGAAUCUGUCUUGUUUGUACGUUGCCACUCUUCACUGCUGCUCUUGAGUAAUCCUAUGGGCGUUUUGCUUCUUCAUAUAUUCUUCUCUCACUAACACUUUUUCAAACCAUCUUCAGGUGAUUUAGCCAUGGAAAACAGGUACGGCCUAAUUAGGCAAAGCAGUGGGGUGUGGAGGUCUUUGAGAGAUGGAGAUUUUGAGGAAGAAGAUGUUUGGUCUGUUCUCAAAGAUAGAACAACAGAUCAUUCUAGUGAUACUACCACCAAGGUUGUGAGGCUUAAGGAGUCAUCAUCAUCAUCACCACCACCAUCACUUUCCGGCCCGAAAAAUGUCCCGACGGCGUCGAGAAUUAUCCCGAAAGCCGGCGGCGGCAGCCGCAGUGUCAAUUUGAACCAUGAAGCCAAAGUCCUUCAGCAAUCAGCUCCUAUCAAUACCCCCAACUGGCCUAACAACAUUUAUAGACACAAGUCAAAGAAGGCCUCCAAGAAUAGAUCAUGGCUUAAUGAUUAUGAUGAUGAUCAUCAUGAUGAUGAUGAUGAAGAUGAUGAUGAACAUGAUGAUGAUGACGAUGAUGAUGAUGAUGAUGAUUAUUAUUAUUAUAAUGAUGAUGAUUAUGCUCACAAAGUGCCUCCACAUGAGUUGAUUGCUAGGAGGCUUGCAAAGAGUCAGAUAUCGUCUUUUUCGGUUUUUGAAGGUGUUGGGAGGACCCUUAAAGGGAGGGAUCUUAGCAAAGUGAGGAAUGCUAUUCUAACAAAAACUGGCUUCCUUGAAUCAUUGUAAAAAGUCUCCAUAGAAUUAGUGGUAAGUGUUUUUUUUUUUUUUUUUUUUUUUUUUUUUUUUUUUUUUUUUUUUUAGGAUUUU